CUUGUUGUUCAUUUUUAGAUUUAACGUUAUAUUGGCAAAGUAAUUACUUUGUUUUGGUGCGUACAUGUCUUCGCCAUCCAGACUCUUCUUGGUAGUAGCACAAUUUACUGGUGGCAAAGCUCAUAUUGUGUAAAUAGGCAUAUGACCCAUCAAUGUCUGUGUAAUACAUGAAACCCAGCACUAUUUACCAAUCAGGCACGACCAAGUAAAGGCAAUUUCAAGAAAACCUGCUCUGCACCGCUCUUUUGUAUAUACACGGUUUUCGAUGCCACCAAAAUCCAUUCUGUUAUUAUGGGUCAAUUUAGCCCUUGCGAUGGCUUUCUAUAGCUCGCGCGAUUCUGUGGUUGAACUGACACCCAAGAACUUUAAAGAUGCUGUUAUGGACACUGACAAAUUAGUAGCAGUUGAAUUCUAUGCUCCUUGGUGCGGUCAUUGUCAACGACUUGCACCUGACUGGAAAAAGGCUGCCAAAAACUUGGAUGGUUUGGUUGUUCUCGGUGCCAUAAACUGUGACGAAGACAGUAACAAGCCUCUCUGCGGACAAUACGAUAUCAAGGGCUUCCCUACGAUCAAGGUUUUCCGUCCAGAGCUUAAGAAAGACAAGCGAACGGGUGUCAUGACUAAGAAACCUACAGAUUAUCCCGGAGCACGCGACGCUAAGUCUAUUGUCGACUAUCUAUUGGCAUGGCAACCAUCAGAUGUCCGUUUCAUCAAAAGUGAUGCGAGCAAGGCUAAAUCCAAAAAGAGCAUGAGCAUUGACGACUUUUUCAGUACCGACAACUCGACCCUACCUAAAGCAUUGCUGUUCACGGACAAAGCAGCCACUUCACCAUUGUACAAGGCUCUUUCGGUCGAGUUUGGUGGCAGCGGCCGUAUGUUAGUUGGCGAAGUAAAAAAGGCUGAAAAGGAUCUGGUUACAGAGUAUGGCGUCAGCUCGUUCCCCACCCUUUUUGUUGCAUCACCGACAGCCGGCCAUGUUGCAUACCAAGGCAAGCUCAAGCAUGAGCCUCUGGCUGCUUUCUUGAACGAACAUGCUCUUCCUGCCAAGCAAAAGAAGACUUCUAGCAAAAAGGCGAAAGCUACUGAGCCUGAAGUACCACCGGCCCCCAAGGAAGAGAAACCUAUAGUGGCAGAAAUCACCUCAGAUAGUCAGCUUCAGGAAAGCUGUUUAGCAAGCGGCAAGAUCUGUGUUGUUGCUGUUGUAACGGAGGAUGACAAGAAGGAAACGGAAGAAAUGUUGAACAAGCUCAACGAUGAUAAUAAGUCUCAAUUAUUCCGAUAUUCCUUCAUCAGUGAUCCUAGCAAAGCGUCGAAUAUUGUCGAAAAGCUGGAUCUUGCAGCAGAUUAUCCAACCUUGUUCCUUGUGCAUCCUGCAAAGCAGUUGUAUAGACCCUACAUUGGUGCGUGGGAAGAAAAGGCCGUCAGCCAAUGGCUCAACCAGAUAGCUACGGGCAGGAUUCAAGCAUGGCCUUUUGAAGGCAAACUUUCAAUCAAACAAGAUACCGGUCGUGUUCGCGAUGAAUUGUAAAUUAUCAUCAAAUAUUUAUUAAAAAACGCGAUAAAACAUAAUUUAUGUAUUGCUGCUUUUUGCGACUAGUUUAAAACGAACAAUAGAGAUAAAUAUCUGAAUUUCCUCCAGUCAAGACCACUUCUCGAGGAUUAUUGAGUUGAGACGGUUAAUCUAUA